AUGUCUUAGUAAUUUUAGAGUUAAUCAAUGUCCAUUUUGGGCUAUGUGCCUGCUUUGGUUGUAUAGCAUCUGUUGAAUCUUAAAAUGAAUAAAUUAAUCCGAAAAUUACCAGAGAAAUAAAGACUAAAGAGUGUCGUGAUGUUUGCAGAUAUAUCCGGAUUUACAAGAUUAACAGAAUUAUUAAGUUAAUUGGGAACAGAAGGGGCAGAACGAAUAGCAUUUGCAAUUAAUCGCUAUAUGGAGUUAUUGGUUUAGGGCAUAGGAAGAAGUGGUGGUGAUAUUUUCAAAUUCGCUGGAGAUGCUAUGAUUGUUAUCUGGCCUCCCCCUCCUAAUGAUCAAAACUUUCAGUAAAAUCUAGAAACUUUGCUCAAAUAGGCCAUCUAGUCAGCGUUAUUAAUCCAAGAAAAAUUAACCAAAGCCUAGAUAGAAUAGGGCAUUUAAUUAAGUGUAAAGAUUGGAUUUGGAGUGGGAGAAAUGAACAUAAUUCACGUUGGAGGAGUUUUCAAUAGAAUGGAGUAUUUGGCAACUGGAGACCCUUUGAUCCAGGCUUUUCAUUCCGAGCAUUGUUUAACCGAGGGAGGAAAGAUUAUCAUCUCUUAAUAGAUUUAUGAUAUGAUAAACAACUUUUUCGAAUGCUAGAAAGUAGUGGAUCAUGAUGGACACUAUGAAGUCAUUAAAUUAUAAUAAGCCAAAGUGAAAAUGAAGGCAGAUGCCCUUUUAAUCAAAAAUAACAUUACCUUAUCAUAGUUUCAGAUGAUUAGAAAUGAGAUUCAAUCGUAUAUUCCUGCUGCUCUUCUGCCUUACAUUGAUAUAAAUGAGGAAGCUUGGAGUGCUGAAUUGAGGAGAUUGUCUAUUAUGUUUGUAAACUUAAAAAUGGAUUUGAACUCUGCGAAAAAUGCUUAGGGAUUGGAAUAAAUUUAAAGAGUCAUUAAAACUGUAUAAAAAUGUAUUUAUAUGCAUGAAGGAUCACUGAAUAAGCUUCUGAUGGAUGAUAAGGGUUCAACUUUAAUUGUUGUUUUUGGUCUUCCUCCUCUUAGCCAUUAGAAUGAUCCUGUAAGAGCUAUUUUAACAGCUUAAUUAAUGAAUAAGGAACUCCCUAAAAUUAAUUGUGGAUGCUCUAUUGGAAUAGUUACAGGAACUGUAUUUGCUGGAGUAGUUGGUACAAGUGGUUCACGGAGAGAAUACUCUGUUCUUGGUGAUUCUGUAAAUCUUGCAGCUAGAUUGAUGUAAGCAGCGUGUUCAGAGACAACCCACAAAAUUCUUAUAUGUUUGGAAACUGCUAAAAGUGCUGGUCAUUGUAUUAGUACAGCCUUUCUGAGACAAACCUAAGUGAAAGGCAAAAAUGCACCAGUCCAUAUUUAUGUUCCUUUGGAUAAGCCUCUGGAACCAACUCCAGGGAAUCUAUUGCCGAAUUUUAAAACUCAUAAUUAUGCAUAUGGUUUUGCAAAGAAAUCAGACUUUAUAGCCAUUCAAUUAUUUGGAAGAGAAGAACAACAUAAAAAACUGUUAAAUCAAAUCGAUAAGGUAAUUAAAGGAGUUGAUAAGAAAAGCUUGAUUAUUCUUAAAGGAACCUAUGGAUGUGGAAAGAGUAGUUUGGCAAAGAAGGUGUUACACAGAAUAUAGGAGAAGAUCAAUUCUAAUUAAUAUAGUCCAUGGAAAUAUGGUGAGUAUCCUCAUAUACUUGUUUAACAAUUGGAUCCUAUAACGAGAACAUUCAAAUUGAAUGGAUUAAGAAGUAUUUUAAAGUAGAUCUUCCUUUUAUAUGCUAAAAGAGUAGAGAGACCACCAAACAUGGAACUAUUCAAUAUGAUGGUGGAUGUAAACAUUCACCCAUAAACUUUGGUUUAAAUGCUACAAGAGAUUGUAGGUUUGAAUGACAAUAGACAUUUGGAGAAGUUCCCUCAAAGAUAACAAGAAGAGGAUAAAGAAAUUGAUGUUAAAAGAAUAAUAUUCCAAUUUCUAAGCAAUUUCUUUGAAUAGAUCCCUAGCAAAUUGUCUGAAUUGUAUGAAGGAAGAGCUCCUGAUCAAAUUGGAUGGGAUGUUAUGAAGACAUCUGUUCAAAGAUAAAUUAAUUAUUCUAUUAAAUACACUAAUAUCAUUGCACCUGUUGUUCUAUGUUUAGAUGAUAUUUAGAACUAUGAUUAGAUAUCUUUUAAAAUCUUAAAACAAAUGAUAAGGACAUAUGAUAGACUUACAAUUUUAGCAUUGUAUCGAGAUUCAUUUUAGGAGAUGAUCAUUUAACCAAAGGUUGCAGAGAAAAGGAAGUCUCAAGAAGAUAUUGCCAUUGAAGGUAUCACAGCUUUAGAGGAUCGAAUGGAUGGAAAUCCAUUUAUAUUGAUGCAAUUGAGAGGAGUGGAAAGAAAAGGAGGAGUGGACGAUGAAUUUGCUAAGAUGAUUAGAUUUUCAUUUAAUAUCUAAAAGUUUAUGCCUGAAUAGGAGUAUCAUUAAAAUAUAUCUGAAAGCGGGAUCAGAAAAAGAAUUGUUUCUUCAAUCCACGAUGUAAUUUUAUAAGAGAAUCAAUCUAAGGAAAUCAAUAACCAAUUUCUAUUUUCAGAAAACAAGUAAAUGCUCAUCAAAACCGAUGUGGAAUUACUAUUUAUGCAAUGGAUUUACAUGAAAACUAGUGGUAAUCCAUUGAUGGUUUUGAACUUUGUCUAAAAUUUAAUUGAUCUAGAUUUAAUUAGACCGAGUCCAAAAUAUGCAACCAUAACAAAUGAAUUAGUUAAUUUAAUUAAUUAUGAUGAGAGUAUUAUUGUAGAUGCACCCUAUUGUAGAAUUGAAGUGAAUGGGCCUAUCAUUGAUAAAUUAUCAUGUUUAGAACAACUAUUACUGAAAGCAGCGAGUGUGAUAGGAGAUAUUUUUGAUAUUCAAUUGUUAAAUAAGAUUUAUCCAUUUAAGAAUGCUGUUAACAACAAAUUGCAGAAGUAUUUGGAUGAGUUGGAGGCUAAAGAAGUUAUUGAAGUCAUGGAAGUGAGAGAACAAAAUAUCUUCUAUCGUUUUACUUGUCCCUUCAUGAGAGAUUGUCUCUAUUAGAGGAUUACAUUUAAAUAAAGAAGACAAUUGCAUAAGGCAGUUGCUGAGGCCAUCUAAUAAUUGCCAUUACCUUUUGAAACUGAAGAAUUGAUGGAAUGUAAAAAGUUACAAUUCCAAUGGUUGAUGGCAGAAUCUAAUGCUAGUCAAUAAAUCAACUUUGAUAAUGAUAAUGAUAACAAAUCGAAUUCAAAACCUAAUUUUUUGAUCAACCUGAUUUAUCCAAAAUGCUCUUAGGACACUCAAAAGUUUAAGAAUAUGUCAAGUAAGGCACUAAAAUCAAUUAUCUUGAAAUAAAUUGGUAAUAAAUUUAAUAAAUCAUAAAAUCAAACAAAUAUUAUUUUGAGAGAAGGGAUCUUGAUCAAGAAAUCUUAAAAUAGAGUUUCAUCAGUGCCUCGAUAUGUAAUUCUGGAUGGAAAAGAACUUAAAUUGUAUUCAAGCAGAUAGGACUCAAAUAAUAGUGAAUUGCCCUUAUGUUCAAUUCCAUUGAAGAGCAUAUAUUCAGUAUUGGCCUUGGAAAACGAAAAGAACUUCACUUUGCAAAUAUGUUCAACCUACUGGUACAAGAAGUUGAAGGAGAUGGGGGAUCGCAAGUUUUUGUUUGAUGCUAAGGAUAAUGAAGAUUUAUAAUUGUGGACUAUUUAUUUGGAGUUUGCCAAAGCGCUUGCUAUUUAUGAGGACUUCACAAAUAAUUAUGGGAAAAUUUGUUUUCCCUUAUCCAAUCAAUAUGAAUAUUAUGAUUCACAAUUCAAAUACGACAUCAAAAUCGAAAAUAAUAAAUCCAUAAGGGGAAUCUAAAUUGAAAAAACCCAGAAGAACAAUAAAGAAUCGAUCAUUUAUAGAAAUAGCAGACGCUCCAAUAGACAGUCGAAAUUUACAGUUUCAAGUAAGCAAUUUAAGUUUAUGGAAAAGAAUUAGACUGAUGAAUUAUAAAUUUAGAACUCUUAGGUAGUUGAUAUGCAAUUAUUAAAAGAGAGAGUCAACUUAUUUUUACAAAAGAGUAUUUUACUUUUAUUUUCUCAUUUGUUUGAGUAAUCAAUACAAAAGGCAGACGAUUUCAAAAUUUUGGGGAAUACAAGCAUUGCAAUGAGAAAAUUAAAUAAUGUAUUCAAAAUAGAUAAAACCUUGAUAAAUGAACAGAAUAAGAAAUCUAGUGCAUUUCUACAGCAACAAUAAAUAAUUAUUGAGGACAAACAAGAAUUAAAAUAGUAGGAUAGUUAAGAAACAAAAUAAUAGGAUAAUUGGGAAUUAGUUAUUUAAAAGGUUGAAAUGGACAAUGAUUUAACUAAUAAUCAAAUUAAGAAUUUUAUGUUGGAGGAGAAGAUAGAGAGAACAGACAUGAUUUUUGAUCUUGAGAGAAAGAACUCUUAAGAGAAGUUGUAGGAUUAUGAAAAUAAUGAUUUCACACCAAAAAUAGAUUAACAACUUAAAUCAAUUAAGGAUAUCAAAACAAAUAUAGAAGAGGAGGAUAUUUACAACUUCUAAUUGGAUGAGAGCGCUUUGAGAAAACAAUAGCAUCUAAGAAUUCAAAGAUUGUAAAAUUUUAAGUGCUCUUUUGGGAAUGAUUCAUUCUAAAAAAUGCAUUCUGAAAGUGUGUUGAGAUCAUCUCCUUUGAUGAAAUAGGAAGAUACCUUGACAGAAGUGUUGGCCACUCAAUCCCAAACUGAGAAUUCAAAGAGAGAAUCUACUGAUAUUUAUUAAUCUUCAUAAUAACCUCCUCAAUUGUUAACAAAGAUAUCCGAGAAAGAAUCAAUAACAGAUGUUUCAUGCUAAGUAAGUAGACAUUUAUCUACUUGUUAAGUGGAUAAGAUAAUUCCAGUGAGUAAUAAUUAAAGGUCCAGAUAAACUAGUAAUAUCAACAAUUAAUAAAACAAAUCACCUGCUCAAACUCAAAAGUCAUUGACACCAACCAAUAAAUCUCAAAAAAUUGCGUAAUUUAAUUUAUUCGAUGACUGCAAAUCUAAGGCGAAAAGAGAUUCAUAAAUAUCCUCUUAAAUGAAUUCUGCUCGAAAUAAGCCAGCUCAUUUAUAAACAAAUUAUUUCAAUUCUCAAAAAAUCCUGUCCAAAGAAAUCAAAUCCAACCCUUUUGUUUAUGGCACAGCAAUAAAUAAUUGUAAACCAAUAACAGGUGACAAUUUUAUGCUGAAGCCUGGCUACAAGGUGAUAGUCUAAAGGGUCGACAAGAAGACGUAAUUGAUAGAGUGCUCAUAUGAGAAUUUAGUUGGAAUUUUUAGAUUGAGAGACAUUGCCGUCAUCGAAGAUCCUGCAAUCGAGUAAAAAAUAGAGAUUGCAUAGCCAAAACAACCUAGCAAAAGUCCUUUAAAAAAAUAAGCACUUACUACAAGACCUAAAACGUUCCUCACUCCUACUCAACAAAAUUGA